AUGUGCCGGGGGGGGGGGGUGUACCCUACUCCUGGCCCUGUGGCAUCCCGGCAGCGAUGGGAUGCGGCAGAGGGGUCCCACUCCCACCCACCCCCACCCCCUCACCGGGGUCUCUCUCCCGCAGGUCGCCCCAACUGCGCCGGCGCCCCUGACCCGGGCUGUGGCCCCGCCGCCGACGCCCCGAUGCCGUGGCCGCCCCCCACCCGGCUACCGGAGUCCCCCUUCCCCAGCCCAGCGCUGGCCGCGCUGGCCGCGGUGGCCGGGGGGCUGCUGGCCCCCAGUUGGUGGGCGCUGGACCGGCUGCUGGCCCUGCGUCCCACCACGGCGCAGCGGGCGCGGUGGCAGCGCGCCCGGGGCGGGCGGUUUUGUGGGGUGGGCGCGCGGGUGCUGGCGGGGCUGGCGCUGGUGCCGGCGCUGCUGCUGUCGCUGCCCCUGGGCGCGCUGGGGCUGCUGCUGUGGCUCCCGGCCCAGGCCGCCCGCCGGCCCUUGGUGCUCCAGCACGCGGCCGGCACCGCGCCCGCGCCGCCCUGGGACCCGCGGAGCCGCCGCUCCUUCACCUUCCUCAGCGCCAACCUGUGCCUGCUGCCCAGCGGCCUGGCCCGCUUCAGCAACCUGGGCCGCACGAGGCGGCGCGCCCGGGGCAUCGCCCGGCUCCUCGCGCCUGGGGCGCCCGAGGAACCUUCCGGAGACCGCGACGGGCUGCUGGGGCCGCGGCACGGGGAGGUCAGUGGCUACGGGGGCACGCUCGGCACAUCGUGGCCAUGGCACGGGCUCGAAACCGAGGCGGUGCCAGUGGAGGAUCCGGUGAUGGUGGCCCAUCACACGUCGGGGCUGGAGAUGCCGGAGGACAAUCCGUCACCCGUGGCCAAUCCAGUGCCGAUGACCAACACGAUGCCAUGGUUGGAGAUGUCAGUGGCCAACCCGUCAUCGAUGGCCAGCCUGUCACCAAUGGCCAACCCAUCACCGAUGGCCAACCCGUCACCAAUGGCCAACCCAUCACUGUUGGCCAACCCGUCACCGAUGGCCAACCCGUCACCGAUGGCCAAUCCAUCACCGGCAGACAACUCGGUGCCACCAUCCAGCCCAACGCCGGGACCUGCCCCACCCACAGCGUCCACCCCGGUCCCGGGGAUGCCGACGUCGGCCCCGGCGCCGUCGGUGCUCUCGGACCACAUCCCGCCGGACACGGACUUCGUGUGCCUGCAGGAGGUGUUCGACGGCGCCGCGGCCGCGCUCCUGCGCCGGCGGCUGGGCCGCAGGUUCCCCUUCGUGCUGUGGGGGGUGGGCCCGGGGGGGCUGCGGCGGCGGCGGCUGCGGGUGCUGGGCAGCGGGCUCGUCCUGGGCAGCCGCUUCCCGCUGCUGGCCGCCCGCUUCCACCCCUUCCCCAACGGCGCCCGCGAGGACGCGCUGGCCAACAAGGGGCUGCUGGUGGCCCAGGUGCUGUUGGGGUCGGCGCGGGGGCGGCGCCUCGUGGGGUUCAUCGGCUGCACCCACCUGCAGGCGCCGGCGUGUGAUGCCACCAUCCGUGAGGUGCAGCUGACCCUGCUGCUCCGGUGGCUCCGGGAGUUCCGGCAGGAGCAGGAGCAGCGCGGGGACCUGGUGGCCUUCGACGUCCUCUGCGGGGACCUCAACUUUGACAACUGCUCCCAGGGUGACACUCUGAACCAGCAGCACCGGCUCUUCGAGGAGUACCAGGACCCCUGUCGCCGGGGGCCGGGCCAGGACCAGCCCUGGGCCAUAGGGACGUUGCUCAACUACCUCAAGAUCUACGAGGAGCCCGUGUCCACCCCCGAGAAGAUGAAGAGGACGCUGUCCCAGCCCUGGGGUCGCCAGCAGUACCUGGCCGGGCCCAUCCUGUGCAACGGGGACCCCGACCCCGCGGCCCCGCGGCCCUGGCAGGGCCGGCGUGUGGAUUACGUGCUGCACUGCGGGCACCCGCCGCUGCCCACCGAGGUGACCGGGGUCUCCGUCAUCACCCAGUUGGCCACUUGCUCCGACCACCUGCCCGUGGCUCUGCGGCUCCGCGUGGGACCCGCCGGUCCCUGAGCCCGGCACCGGCACCG